GUCAUCUCUCCACCUCGACCCAUCCUCCGCCUCUCCCUCCUCGGCAUCCCCUCCGCUCUCUUCUGCCGCCCCGCUCUGCAUACCAACAGCGAGGGCGCACCGCUCCCCCUCCUCCUCCUCCUCUCCAGCGAUCGCCGAGAAAAUAGCUCACGAUGCCGAUGCUCCUCGACAUCCAGCGCAAGCUCCUCGCAAGGUCUGACCGAGUCAAGUCGGUCGACUUUCAUCCCACCGAGCCCCAUGUCAUCUGCGGUCUCUACAACGGCCAGGUCAAGAUCUGGAACUAUGAAACACAGACCGACAUCAAGACCUUCGAGGUGACCGACGUCCCAGUGCGCUGCGUCAAGUACAUUGCGCGCAAGAACUGGUUCGUGUCGGGCUCGGACGACUUCCAGCUCCGCGUGUACAACAUCUCGACGGGCGAGAAGGUGACCUCGUUCGAGGCACACCCAGACUACAUUCGCUGCCUUACGGUGCACCCCACGCUCAGCUUGGUGCUCACGGGCUCGGACGACAUGACGAUCAAGUGCUGGGACUGGGACAAGGGAUGGCGCUGCGUCCAGAUCUUCGAGGGCCACACACACUACAUCAUGGCACUCGCGAUCAACCCCAAGGACCCCCAGACAUUUGCGUCGGCAUGUCUCGACCACACCGUCAAGGUGUGGUCGCUUGGUAGCCCCGUUCCCAACUUCUCCCUCGAGGCGCACGAAAAGGGCGUCAACUACGUCGACUACUACCACGGAGGUGACCGCCCGUACAUUGUCACGACGGGCGACGACCGUCUCGUCAAGAUUUGGGACUACCACGCCAAGUCGUGCGUCCAGACGCUUGAGGGUCACACUGCCAACGUGUCCUUCGCGAUAUUCCACCCCUCGCUCCCCAUCAUCGUCUCAGGCUCUGAAGAUGGCACCAUCAAGGUCUGGCACUCGUCAACGUACCGUCUCGAGAACACUCUCAACUACGGCCUCGAGCGCGCAUGGUGCAUUGCCUACCGCAAGACGGGCAAUGAGAUCGCCGUCGGCUUUGACGAGGGUGCCGUUGUGCUCAAGCUCGGCCGUGACGAGCCCUCCAUCUCGAUGGACGCGUCCGGCAAGGUCGUGUAUGCGCGCAACACCGAGGUUCUCACCGCCAAUGUCGGGCAACUCGGCGAAAAGGACGAGAUCGAGGAUGGCCAGCGCCUCUCCCUCCCCCUCCGUGAGAUGGGCACGACCGAGGUCUACCCCACCUCGCUCCAGCACUCGCCCAACGGCCGCUUCGUGACCGUCUGCGGCGACGGCGAAUACAUCAUCUACACUGCGCUCGCAUGGCGCAACAAGGCCUUUGGCAGCGGUACCUCAUUCGCCUGGGCUUCCGACUCAAACACCUAUGCCGUCCUCGAGGGCAAGUCCAAGAUCCGCGUCUUCCGCAGCUUCAAGGAGCGCACGGGGCUCAUCAAGUCGUCGGGCUCGUGGGCCGUCGAGGGCAUCCACGGCGGGCCGCUGCUGGCCGCGCGUGGCUCUGGCUUUGUCAUGUUCUGGGACUGGGAGACGGGGGCCGUCGUCCGCCGCAUCGAGGUGGACGCGACCAACGUCGCGUGGUCGCAGUCGGGCGAGCUCGUCGCCAUCACCACCGAGGAUUCGUUCUACAUCUUGCGCUUCGACCGCGACGCGUACGCGCAGGCGCUCGACUCGGGCGAGAUCAUCGGCGACGAGGGUGUCGAGGAGGCGUUCGACAUCGUGGCUGAUGUUGCGGAACAGGUCAAGACGUGCAAAUGGAUCGGCGACUGCUUCAUUUACACCAACUCGGCCAACCGCCUCAGCUACCUUAUCGGGGACCAGUCGAGCGUCAUCAACCACUUUGACACGAGCGUCUUCCUCCUCGGCUACCUCCCGUCCCACAACCGCAUCUAUGUCGCGGACAAGGACAUGAACAUCUACAGCUACGGCCUGUCGCUCACUGUUGUCGAGUACCAGACUGCCAUUCUCCGCGGCGACAUGGAGGAGGCUGAGCGUAUCCUCCCAACCGUUCCCGCCGACCAGCGCAACCGUAUCGCCCGCUUCCUUGAGGUGCAAGACCUGAAAGAGCUUGCGCUGCAGGUGUCUACUGACCCCGACCACAAGUUUGACCUUGCGAUCGGCAUCAACGACCUUGAGACAGCGCUCACUCUGGUGCGCGCAGCCCCCGAGGCUGGCUCCGAGACCAAGUGGAAGGUGGUGGGCGACAAGGCGCUGGCUGCAUGGCAGCUCGACUUGGCGCAGGAGGCCUUCGAGAAGUCGAAGGACCUCGCCGCCCUGCUUCUGCUGUACACGUCGCUCGCGGACCGGGAUGGGCUGCAGCGCCUGGCGCAGGCAGCCGUGGAGAAGGGGCAGAACAAUAUCGCUUUCGCGGCAUUCUUGCAGCUCGGCGACAGCGCGAGCUGCGUCGAGUUGCUGGCGUCCACCGACCGCCUGCCCGAGGCAGCCUUGAUGGCGCGUUCGUACAACCCUGCCCUCGCCGGCCCCGUCGUCAAGAAGUGGAAGGGCGAGCUUGAGCGCGCGGGCCGCAAGAAGGUGGCGGCGACGAUCGGGUCGCCGGACGAAGACCGCGGCCUGUUCGAAGAGCUCGACAGCGAGGGCUCGGGCGUCAUGGUCGAGCGCGAAGUGGACGGGCUCGCGUCGGGCGUCGCGGCGAUGGGGGUGCGCUCGCCGUCGCCCAAGAAGAGCCGGACGCCGAGCCCCGUCAAGGGCAGGUCGCCGAGUCCGGCCAAGGCCGGCUCGGCGUCGCCAGAGAAGCCCCGGACGCCGUCGCCGACCAAGGGCUUGUCGCCGGGAGCCGCGUCGCCUUCCAAGACGCCCAGCCCAACACUGAGCGGCAAGGCGGACAAGAAGGACUAGCCGCUAUAGAGUAGGAUAGGCAUGCAUGGAUUGGACAGCUGGG